UCAGAGUCCCCCCCUUAAGGUUGUUAAAACUUCUGCUCCCCUAUCUUCCCUUCCCCUCGUGGUAUUUAAAAAACACCAACCCCAACCACGGGAAUUACGAUACUUUGUCAGCGAUUUCUUUAUAAAAUUAUAUUUUAUAUAGAACCUAAAUACGAAGUUAGGUUCGAAGAGGGCUCGGGCUUGUCACACAGUACUAUGGUUACACAGUACCGUUCAAAUGUUUCGAGACUUUAAAACAACGAUUUUGGAAAAGAGAAAUAGAAAUAUAACAAGAGGCAACUAAAAGGAUUUCGCUAACUCAGAGGACAGGAGACAUUUUGGAUUAUAAAUUUGGGAAUUCAUUUUUGUUUAUUUUAUAAAGAAAUCGCUGACAAAGUUAUCCUUAAUUCCCGUGCCCCAACCCUCUCUAAGAGGAUUAUGGUCGCCUUUGUACCUAAAGGGAGAAGACAAAUAUUUUUAGACACUAUUGCAAAUCAAAGAGAAAAAAAAGUUGAUUAAUUAAUGAAAUAAAAUAUUACUUUGGAGCUGUGACGUUUGCUUAAUUAUGGUGCUUAUGGAAUUGUUGGCUCCAAGUUACGGUAUUCCAAAGACUGUUGAAGAAAGUUUUCUGGUAUUCCUGUGUCAAAACGGGGGAUUUUGACAUUAUCCACAGCUAGCCCGUCUUCUCAGUAAUUCGGAGCUUCCUACGGAGACAUUUACAGAAAUUCGAGCUGUGUUUUUGCGGUAAACCUCGAAUAUUCUAACACAACCGGAAAUACCCAUGACCCAAUGACUCAACGGACCUACUUUACAUCUGUAAGAAGACUUCAAGUAGCACUUUCUUUGAAGUUUAGCUGGAUACAAAGUGCACAUUUUCUCGACCAAGGAAGUAAGUCUCGUUUGAUUGCGUGAUUUGGUACUGCUCAUCUAAAUUAGAAUCUCUAUUUUUGCCAUAAAUAAAAACGCUGGACAAGACCCCAGACUAGCCAAAUCAGGAAAUGUUCGGUGUGUUAAGAGACACAAUAGAAGUGCUAAGAUCCCAUUUGUCUUUUUUUUUUUUUUAACUAAAAUUGAAGCCGAUCAAAGCAAAGAGUCAUCCAAGCUUCUAGCAGAAGACGUCGAAAUUUGAAGAGUCUCCCGUAUCAUCCUUCAAAAUCAGAUGAUUAUUUGAUAUGAAGUCUUCUCUCUCGAGGGUUUCUCUAUUGACAAGUGUACUUCUAUUUAUUGGAAACAGCGGAUGUUUUACUCGAGAAACUGCCCGAGAAAGUGCUAAGCAAAGACCCGAAAGUUUAGACUCGAUUGUUGGACCAUUAAAUCCCUCGCGGCCCAUCACAAGGCGGAAAAGAGCUGUUUUCCCGCCAGACAUAACAGCGGACAUCGUUUUAGGGGGUCUUUUCCCCGUGCACUCGAGGUUAGAAACAGCUGUAGGUCAAACAUGUGGCGAACUGAGCAGCGAGCGAGGAGUUCAAAGGCUGGAAGCGAUGAUAUUCGCCAUAGAGGAAGUCAACAAAAAUACUACCUUAUUACCGAAUUUGACGCUAGGUGCUCUAAUACAUGAUACUUGCGGAACGGAUACAAUAGGACUCGAAGAGACUUUAGAAUUCAUUAUGGAUUCUCUCUCGAGACAGAAUUUACCCACUCAGCAAUGCAGUGGAGUCGACGAAAACUUUAAUAAAACCCUUCUAGCGGGAGUUAUAGGAGCAGCUUCCAGCUCGGUAUCUAUUCAAGUCGCGAAUUUAUUGAGGCUGUUCAAAAUGCCACAAAUUAGCUACGCGUCAACAAGUCCAGAUCUGAGUAACAAACACCGGUACGAUUUCUUUAUGAGAACCGUACCAUCUGACGCUUUCCAAGCGCGCGUUAUCCGAGACGUUAUUAGGGCGCUAAACUGGAGCGCUGUUUUCACUGUCAAUUCGAAAGGAAAUUAUGGGGAACGCGGAAUCGAGGAAUUUCACAUGCUGGCGAAAGAGGCAAAUAUUUGUGUUGUCGAGGCCGUAACUAUUGAGCACUCAUUCACAGCGGAAGCAUUUGAUGAUGUUAUUAGAAGGUUUAUGCGGGAGACCGGAAUGCGCGGAGUGGUGCUAUUUUGUACGGAUAAUGAUAUAAGGAAACUACUGAAUGCGGCAGAGCGAGUCCAGGCGGAAGGCCGGUUUUCUUGGAUCGCUAGUGAUUAUUGGGGUACAAGACACGGGCUUGUAAAAGGUCGUGAAUCGUUAGCUAAGGGUGCAAUUACAAUUACUCUACGCUCGAUACCACACACGGAAUAUCGCGAGUACUUUACCAGCCUAACACCUACGAACUAUUCCAAAGCCAACCCGUGGUUCGAGGAAUUCUGGGAAAAGAACUUCAAAUGUAAGUUGACCGGAAACUCGAGUACGUGUCCAGCAAACACGUCCCUCUAUAAGGAAAUGUACAUUGAUAAUAAGGUCCCAUUUGUUAUUGAUGCAGUGAGGGCCUUUGCCACAGGCCUGGAUGUGCUCUAUCGCAAUAAGUGCCCUAAUACGGAUGGUCUUUGUGAGGAUCUCAUGCGACAAAACAAUGGUGAAGAGCUGAUGUCGAUUUUACAGAAUAUUUCCUUUCAGGGGGUCAGUGGUGAAGUGAAAUUCGACUCACAGGGGGAUGCCACGGGAAUGUACGACGUGUUCACUUUCAAUCAGACUGAAUCCGGGUACAACUAUAUAAGAGUGGCAACGUGGGAUGGAGGCCUACAUUUUGUAGACCCCGCCUUACAGGCAGGGGGCUUAGACCUGGGUGGAGAGGGUGUGCUGUUGAACCCCAGUGGGGUACAGUCAAGCUGUGGCGAGCCGUGCUCUCGGGGCUACUAUCGAAAGCUGAGGCGGGACAAGGCGUGCUGCUGGACAUGCCUGCCUUGUGGAAAAGACGAGUACGUGAAAGAUCUGACGGGGUGUGGCCGGUGUACGGAGCUCGAGAGGCCCGAUCCCACCCGCACUGGGUGUGUCCUCCUCCCCCUGCGCUACCUCAGCGACUCCUGGAGUAUCAUGGUCACGUGCUUUGCGACAGUCGGCAUCAUCUGUGUCCUGGGGGUUUCUGUCAUUUUCAUCAUGUUCAGUGAGACCCCCCUGGUCAAGGCAUCAGGUCGCGAGCUCACUGCGACUCUUCUCAUUGGCCUGUUCUUAUGUUACGUCGAGGGGAUCAUGUUAAUUCUUAGACCUUCCGUCUUCGUGUGCGGGCUGCAGAGAUUCGGGGUCGGAUUCGCGCCGUGUGUUUGCUACGCCGCCUUAUUGAUUAAGACGAACCGUAUUGCGAGGAUCUUCGCGAAGAGCGAGCGCUCUACGAAGCCUCCCGACUUUAUUAAUCCGGCUUCCCAGCUUCUGAUCCUUGCUGCAGUCGUCGGCGUAGAGGUUGUUCUUGCUGGCGUCGGUCUCGGCUACUGGUCUCCGAAACAAAUCGAAAAAUUCCCAACCAAGUCCGACAUAUUAUCGACUUGUAAUAUUCAAGACUACGAUUUAGUUGUGGCAAUGUCUUACAAUGUUCUCUUGAUUUUGCUGUGUACAAUGUACGCCUUUAGGACUCGUAAGACGCCGGCGAAUUUCAAUGAAGCACGAUACAUCGGUUUUGCCAUGUACACAACAUGCGUCAUCUGGUUGGCGUUGUUACCCGUUCAAAUCGGCGUUAACGAUAAAGACUACAAAACGCUAACGCUAAGUAUAAACGUAACGCUAAACGCCACGACGCUUUUACUGUGCGUUUUUGGCCCAAAGGUAUACAUCGUGCUCUUCCGACCAACGAGGAAUAUCCGAAGCCGAUCGCUCAACGUCUGGCGGAAGGACUCCGAAACUCAAAGCACACCAGGUAAGGGCGCGUAUUGUGGCUUUCCGCUGGUCAGGGGUAACGAGGACCCGAGUAAUGGCGGCUUUCGCGGUAUACCGCUGGACAGAAGUAGUGAAUAUUUGAUUAGGCCUUCGCCUAGUCUAGUAGAGAGUUUUCUGUAGGCCUGAUUCUGGGGACGUUCGCAAGGCAGAGGGGAGCUUCACCUGUGUAGUAAGCGUUUCUGUGGAGUUUUAGCGGAAAUAGAGAGCGAGAGACGGAAAUAGAAAGUGAGCGAAGAGUAUGACCCAUCCCCACUCUCCCGCGGCCAUGAUCUUUGAGCUAUCCCUAUUUCUGCCAAAACCUCAAAAAACGCUUGCUACGCGGGCUAAGAGGAGCCUUUAUUAUGGAGUAUAGUUUGAUUGUUAGUAACCAAUCAUAAUAUACAACGUGUUAACAAUGAAUGUUAGUCGUCUAAUUCCUAUGAUUGUUGUAAUAUGUUUGUUAGAAGUAGUGAAGUUAUAUGUUUGAUUGAUACUAAUAAAAAUAUAAACAUG